UACUCUUUCCGUAUUUGCUUACUGUAGUUGUUUAACUUAACAUAGAGAAUUUGAGGAAAGUGAUUAGGGAGUGUUUGGAGGUUGCGGAUUAGGGUAGAAUGUUAAAUAGUAAUCGAGCAUUCCCUUGCUUGAUAGGCUUAGUGGUCACAGUUGGACCUUUCUCCUCAGUGGUAGUAUUAGCUCUAUUCUAGUAAUUUCUUGUUCUGCCAUUCGGCUAUUACGGUUCGAUCAUUGUAUUAUUUUGUUGUUGUUACUGUAUUUCUCCUGCUUGUUGUGUAAUGCUUCCCGUUUUGCAUUAUUUCUUUGUUGUUAUUACAAGCAUAUGUGUAUCCCCUUUUACAAAGUAUUUGGCAUGCUUUAUUUAAGCUUAGGGUGUAUUGCAAGUAGCCUAUCUACCUCUAUGAGGUACAGUAAGGUGUGUGUACACUCAACCUGUCCUUGCCUCACUUGUGCGAUUUUACUAUGUAUGUUGUUGUUGUUUGAUCGCCGUGAAGAGUUUAAUCGGCAGUGUCAUGCUCUUAGUAUGAUCUAGUUUGGUGUUACUUUUACGAGAUUGUCUUGCUACUACUUCAUUCGGGGUUGUGAAAUUAAAUUACAGUUAAAACCAAAGUCUGCUUGAGAAAUAGAGCAGCUAUUAAAUAGUAUUACUUUUACUUAUCAGAAAAAUUCCUUCUUUAUUAUGGAGUCAAAUUUUUCGGUACUUGAAUAUCAGUCUAGUAGUUUAGAUCAUAAACUACCUGCUCAGACAGAAUCUUAACUUUGAUAAGCUUAAUCAGGAACUAAGAAAGUCUUCAGGAGAGUUAUGCAUGGCCUCUUAGGUAUUCUUUGUGAAUUUUUCGGAGUGGUGCAGGAAGAAAACUUUAGCACAUUGUUGGCAUCACGUGCCACACUCAGACGUAAACAAGUUCUGUUAUAGUUAGUAAUUCUGCAUCUAUUGGAAGUGAAAUCUUUUGGAUCAGUCUACGCAGCAAAAUGUUAGUUGAUAUCCAAAUUAUAUGUGGAAAUUUAAGAUUUGGGUUACAGCCUAAGUUGCGCGGACUCUUUGCUUUUGAGGCUGCACUCAUGUUGGAUUCUUCAAGAAUACACUACUUUUGGAGAAUCUAACACACACACGUUAGACAUUUUUGAAGACUCCGAGCAACAUAGGUUAUAGCUACCCCAAAAUCUAAAUGAUGAUGUAAACUUCCUAAUCAUUUGGGGUUAAAUUGCUUGGUGAACCCCCAAAGUAGAUUUGCUCAAGACCCAAUCACAAUUAUUUGGUAUUUUAGAAAUUGCACCGGGGUUGGAGAGGAGAGCUGUGCGUGGAUGGAAUUUGGGGAAGUGCCUCUUGUAGCAAAGUUGGGAAGCACAAUCAUAUUUCCUCUGGUUUACAAUAGAAACAAUAAAUAUAGUCUCCAUCAAAAAUAAUAAAUAUUGUGUAGAACCAUUUCAUUUGUCUAACAUUUACCUAUUUGCUCCAUUGGUGUCCUUUAUAACUUUUUUAUGGAGCUCUUCAACUAUCAUUAUUAUACACUAUGCCUCAUUCAAAGUAAUUAUGAGCUGGCUUUGAGGCUUUAGGUUCUCAACCACUUGGAAAACUUUGGUUUAAGCUUGUAAGCUAGAAUAAACCCAACAAAUUUUUCUUGGCUAGUGGAUGGUGGCCUCAAGUUUUCAUUAUGACUGUUAGAAUGUGCUUUCAGCCAGAAGUCUAAUCCAUUGCUCGCUGAUUGAUGAACUCCUAUGAUCAGGUCUAACAAGGAAAUAAAGGUUUUGACAAGGAAUAAUGUGAUACUGCUCCAAUUUUGGAAUAGUUACAAAAUUUUAAGUACUCUAUCAACCUUAGGUUCUUCUACUAACCAUAAACUUAAACCUAUGUUUGGCGGGAAAACAAAAAUCAGCAAGUUGAUUGGGCUACUAGCUAUAACCAGAUUACUUUACUUGAUGCUUGUUUAUGCAAUCUUGUACAAGUUGUUCUAUCUACUGGAAUUUACUCGUUUGUAUGACAAUAUUUAAUAAGUCGCCAUUAAUGUAUCAUCAUGUAAGUGUUUUUGUUUUAUCAUCAUUAUUCAUUAGUUGGAUUUUGUCGGUCCUAGAAAUAAUUUAAAAAAAAUUAUUAUUUCUGUGCUGGCAGCUAUAUCCUUCUUUACUUACUGUAGAUAGUUUUUUUUUAUGGCUGUGGUGUCUGGGACAACUUUUGUGCACCUCGACUAAUUCUGUUGGUACCUCCCCCCUCCCACCAACAACAUGUACCAGGUAACUCUAUCCACUAAGGCUAGAAUCACCUAGUGUUUAUUGUCUCCGUUGGGAAUGAAAUUGAAUCUAAGACCUCAGGGUUCUUAACCACUUUAUUGACCACUAGGCCACACCCUUGGGUGCUACUGAAGAUAGUAUGUCAUCAUUUAUAGUUGAAUAGUUGAUGAAAUCCAUGAUCUUAAGAUUGCUUCUUUAAACAGUUUAACAAUGGUCCUUCCUGCUCUAUCCUAUAAAAGUAGAAGAUAGUACUAUCGGAAAUGGGAAUGAUGAGAUUGAUGUGUAGGCAUAAGAGGAGGGAUAGGAUUAGAAACAACAAUAUUUGGGACAAGGUAUGAAUGACCUCUGUUGUGGAAAAGAUGAAAGCGAGAUGGUUUGGCCAUAUGUAAAGGAGAUGCAUAUAUGCUCUAGUGAUAAGUUCUAAUAGAAACCAGUUGUUAGUUUGUAGUGUCAAACUGAAAAUUAAUCCCAUGAUGAACAUAAACAUUCACUUUUGUUGCCACAUAAUAGCAACACAAACAAUGUAGUAGACUCGUCAAAUAUGUACUAGAAAACUUUAUCAAUACAUGUUGAUUCUCAUUCAAGAAAAGGUAGCGUUAGGUGAUAAAUUCAUUAUUAUUGGAAGUCUACAAACAAAUCCAAAGUGUCAAACCACAAUAUUAAUCAUGGACUUUCUAAUGCCCCUUUGUGUACAUAAAAAUGCUAUUAUCAAUCUGCAGUGCAAAAAGACACAGGAAACCUCAAUUCAAGAAAAGAAAUUUGGAUAUACAAAUGUAGCAACAAAAAGAUACAACAAAAAAAUAGAAGAAAAUAAGAUCUCCAUUCAAUCAGAAAAGUAAGAGCUUCUUAAACACAAAUAAUAAAAGACCAAAAAGGAAAUCAAUUUCUAAUUGAAAGUUUAGCAUUAACCUUGGUACCUUAUAAGAGUACGACGAUACGAACAUUGAAGUGAAACUUAGUGUCUUAACCUUCAUGGAUAUAAGCAAGUCGAGUUAUAUUAGUAAAUUUCAACCUAUAGAAAUCAUGAAGAUAACUUGCAAAAAAAUAUCAUUGUCGGAGCAUUUAGAACAACACACAUGAGCUUUCUUGUGAAUUUUGAUUAUUGGAGCUAACUUAGCAGUUUUUAGCCUUUCCAUCUGAAUCAAAACAAAAUAUUCCUUCUCACUUAGCCCACCGAAAGCCCAGUCCAGAAAAAUUGAGACCUUGGGCUACCAUAGUAUAUACGGUAUAGCUAGUAGCCCAAAGUCUCUAUUUUUCUGGAUUGGACUUUUGAUGGGCUAAGUGAGAAGAAAUAUUUUGUAUGGUUUCAGGUGAAAAGGUUUAGCUAGCUUCAUUAGUCAAAAUUCACUAGAAAACCUAUAUUUGUUGUUCCAAAUAGGAAAAAUAGGAAAAAAAGUUAUCAUUCUCAAAAAAGAAAAAGUUCAAACAUUGAUAUUCUUUGUAUGUAAUUUUCAUGAUUUCUAUAAGUUGGAAUUUACUAAUAUAACCCGACUUGUUUAUAUCUAUUGGUAUAUAUACGUAUAACAAGAGUUAAGACACUAGGUUUCACUUCUGUGUUCAUAUCGCCGAACUCUUGUAAGGUACCUAGAUUAAUGCUAAAACUUUCAAUUCGAAAUUUAUAUCCUUUUUGGUCUUUAUUGUGUGUGAGAAGUUCCAUUUUUCUGAUUGAAUGAGUAUCUUGUUGUUCUCUAUCUUUUUGUUGCUAUAUUUGUAAUUCCGGAUUUAUUUUCUCUAGUCGAGGGUUUGUUAUUAUUUAUGUGAUUUCGUAUUUAUUUUCUUGAGUUAUGGGGGUAAGGACUGUGUACACCCCACCCUUUAAGGGAUCACUCUAGGUAUGUUGUGAUCUCAAAUUAGAAUUGUGGACUUGUCAUCGUUGUGUAGGUUUCCAUGUGUUUUAUCCCUUUCUGAAUACUUCUUUUAGGUCUUUGCCAGGUUUUUUAAGUUAAAGCCUUAUGAUGUUAAUUUUAUCACGUAUAAUAAGAGCCUAUUUACAAUUCUGGUUUAAAAAUAUAACAUUUUGAACUAAUUUCUUCCCCUCUUCCAGUGGGUUGUAUUGUUGUAAGCUAAUAAGAAUGUUGUUAAGAAAUGAGAUCUUAAAUAUAAAUUAAGAUUCUAAUUCUUUCCGAAAAGAAAGAAUCAAUGGUACUACUGAUUACACGCAGUUAAUUAGAGAAUCUUGUGACAGCAAUUUCCCUGUUAGGAACAUGAAGGUGUAUUCAAGUAAUAGAGACAUUAAUUAAUUACUUUUUAUCGUGCAAAUUUUUCUUCAAUGGGCCCUAUGAGUAGAUAUAAAAUUGAUAUCGUCUCUCUUAACAAAAAGAAAUUUUUGGUACGCAUUUAUCACCUUUCAAUAGUUUCUUAUUAUGUUACAAAUCAUUAAUAUCAUGUCACAACACUCCUCUUAAGUUAUUCUAGUGCUACCCUUCUACAUGUCUAAUUGUAUUAUAAGUUCGACAAAGGUCCUAACUAUUUUUAUCUCAUCAUGUAGCCACAUGGAUAAGGAGCAUAUUGAGUAGUUCAAGAGGUAUGAAAUUGAGGUUUCAAUAGUGUUCUAUUGCGUUACAAGUCUUUAAUAUCGUGUGCUAUAACACUCACCUUAACUUAUUCUAAUUUUAGUUUCUACAUGCCUAAUUGUCUUAUGAACGCAACAAAAGUCCCAACUAUUUUUCGUCUCAUCAUGUAGCCAUUCGGAGAAGAAUCAUAUGGAUAAGUUGGAGAGGUCUUUUACAUGUCAUAACCAUAUUAUAAACUCACUUGAGGUCCUAUUGUUUAUUUUUUCAUCAUUUAGCGACAUGAAGAAGAAAGAUAUUGAGAAGUUCAAGAAAUAUGAGAUUGAGGGCAACAAGUAUUUGAUUCCCACAUGCUUCUCAGACAAGACUAUAUCUGGAGGAAACAUAUUUGAUGUAAAAACGACUAAAGAUGGAGAAACCUCAAAAGUGAGCAGGUUUCCUGGUCACCAGUCCUAUGCAAACUUUAAUGAUGGAAGCAGUAGCGCGUCAACACCAAAUUCUACGAGUGAAACUCCAUCAAAUGUUCGUAAGAGGAAGUACUUUCCGAUGAGAUUCUCAUAUUUAUUUUAGAAUUUCAUCCCUUUAAUUGUGGUGUCCUCUUAAUCGGUAUUAAAGACAUUUUUAUUACUGUAUAAUAAGUACAAAUCUAGUCAAACAGGGCUAUAAAUAUAAUACACCAUUCCACUACAGUAAUUGAAUUGAGUUGCAGUAUUCAAACAACUCCACCAAAA